UUUUAUUUGUAUUCAAGAGAUAAAAAAUUUGAGAAGCAACAAUCAGGAGGCGACGCAAUGACGGCAUUGCAGAUUGUGGAGAUGCAAGUAAAUAUGGAUUGUGGUGGCUGCGAACGAAAAAUUCGCAAGGCUCUCUCUCAACUCCAAGGUGUAGACAAUGUGGAGAUCGACAUGGCAAUGCAGAAAGUUACAGUGACUGGUUAUGUCGAUCGUAAAAAGGUAAUCAAGGCUGUGAGAGGAUGUGGGAAAAAGGCAGAGGUGUGGCCUUAUCCUUAUGAUGCCGAGUAUACUUCUUAUACUGAUCGUUAUUAUGAAAGAAAAACGUUUGAUUCCACUUACAAUUACCGUAAGCAUGGAUACAAUGGUAGAAGCCAUGGGUAUUAUCAAAAUCCUCCCUACUCUACAGUUGUAGACGAUAAAUUGACAGAUUUAUUCAGCGAUGAAAACCCCCAUGCGUGCAGAAUAAUAUAAUGUCAUUCAGUUAUUGUACAUAGAAUUUCCCAGUUCGGGGAAACCGCGUUUUCAUUUGAAGAGUUUUUUUUGUCUUAGUCGCGAAGGAACUCAGGAAAUACAUCAUUGAAUGAAGACAUAAGAAAG